CGGCGCCAGCCAUUUUGGACUGUGCGCGCUUUCUGGGAGCGCGUGGCACCGCGAUCUGGUGCCCGCUGUGUCGGAGGACACGGAUACUGUACUAAUGGCACUGGGCAGGAAGGGGCUAACAUAAGGUGCCAUCAAAGGCCAUUGAAAAAUACUGUGAGAGCUGUUGAACUGGAUGGACUUUUGUCUUUUUCAGCCAAACUAUGUAACUAUGUAGCGGUGAUUGGUCACAGUUUGUCACAUGGUACAAAGCUGUUGUGAAUAGCCCUGUACCAUGUGACCUCUGUGAUCAUUCACAGAU